AUGGUUCAAACAGUCAAGCGUCCAAGAGGACGACCUCCUAGUCAAGCCAAAGCCAAGCCUGCAAAGAUCCUGUCAGAGAAACCUCGGGCAAGGGGAAAAAGUAGAGCAUCCAUAUCUGGAGAUGCUGGAUCAACUGGUGCUGGUCGGGAUGAAGUAGAUACGCCUAUGGAUUCUAUGUCGCUGAUGGCAGACGACUCGGUUAUGGUUAGCAGCAGUGCAAUUCAGCGAGGAGCUGGAGCAACCAUUUCGGCCAAUGCACAGGAUCCAAGUGGACUUGUGGGUUCUGGAAAUGGAGCAGCACAGUUGAGAGAUGCUGGUAUGGAGGAGGAAGGUUUAGAUGAAGAGGAAGAUGAUGCUGAUGAACAGUUACUGCAGAUGCCAGCAGCCACUGCUGAAGAUCGAGAAGCUACAAAAGCUUUACUAGACACAUUCAACCCUGAGCAGCUGCAACGAUACGAGGUUUAUCGUCGGGCACAUUUACCAAAGUCGUCAAUGCGCAAGUAUCUGCAAAAUAUUGUAGGCGGGAUUGUUCCUGCAUCGGUGGGUAUUAUUGUUGGUGGAUGCGGCAAGCUUUUUGUUGGCGAGAUUGUUGAAGAAGCACUUAAUUAUAUGGAGGAGAUUGGAGAACCGGAGAACAUACCGAUUAGACCAGACCAUUUGCGUGAAGCAUUUCGACGAUACCGACUGCAGCAUCCAGCCUCAAUGGGAACACACAUUCACAAAAAACAGCGGUUUAGAAGAUAACAUGUUUGACUAUAUUGAUGAUUGAACAAUUAAAGUACGCAAUCAGACUGCUCUGUUCAAUCCCAAUCAGAACAUCAGGAUAAAGUUGCAUUUUAUUUAUACUGCAAUCUGCGUCUGUAUUCACGUAAAAUGAAAUACCAAAGUCAAAAUACAUAAUAAACAAUCUCAUGAAAUGAUGAGUGCAGUUUACUAGAUACAUUGUGCUGCUUG